AUGCUCAGCUCUACAGCCUCAGGCCUUCUGGGUCCAGUAAUUGCCCUGAAUGCCUGGACGCUAGCCAUGGAAGUGUGGAUGUACGCAGUCAAUAUCCCGAUCUUUCGGAGGAUCAAGCUCGAUAAUACUACGACAAAGAGCCAACUCGAUGCGCAGACACCGGGGUAUGCGCGAUGGAAGAGAGAUAACUAUAACCACCUAAUGGAACAACCCACGCAAUUCUAUGCAAUUGCCCUCACAUUGGCAGUUAUUCGUGGGGAACAAAAUGAAGGCUUGGACGUUUUACUCGCUUGGAUGUAUACCGGGACUCGAAUUAUCCACUCACUUGUCCAUGCUACAAGCAAUGUAGUGAUGGUCAGGUUUGGUCUCUUUGCGCUUUCAUCCUCUUUAUUGGCUAUUAUGGUAGCCCGAGCUGCCAUCGCACUACUUUGA